UUUGUUUGUUUUUGAGAGAGGAAGGGGGGGGGAGAGAAACAUCAAUGCAAGAAAGCAAAAUAUCGAUCAACUGACUCCCACAAGCCCCCUAUGGGAAUCGAGCCCGCAACUAGGGUAUGUGCCCCCGACCAGAAUCGAACCAGCAAUCCUUCAGUGCACAGGAUGACACCCAACCAACUGAACCACACCGGCCAGGGCCAGGCAUCAGUAAUUUUCAAAGCUCUCAGGUAAUUCCAAAGUAUGGCCAAGAUUGAGAACCACUACUUGAUUCUCAGUUUAAGUCCUGAUCUAUUCUUCUCCUGUGUGCUUCAGGACUCCAAUGCAACCUCACAAAGAAGUUAUCUGCAGGUAACAAGACAGCAUAUCAAAUUGUUUGAAGGAGGCUGCUGAAGGGAAGAAAGACCUGAUCCUGUUUCCUCAAAGAACUACAUACACACACAUACAUACCCUAAUGGUACCUGCAUUUUCCUCCUCUAAAGCAGAAUAGGUAGAUGACUCAAAAGAAUAGACUCAGACUGUGAGAACGGUGAGGCUAAGGUGACUGCCCUCUCCAACCCAAUACCCCAUCCCCCAGCAGGACCUCUAUGACCUCAUGCUGUAGUAGGUCAGAGCCUAAGGCCAAGCCUCACCUCUCUGGGCAGCUCGGGGUUCCUGCAGCAGCCAUUGCCCUGCCUAACCCUUCCCAUAUCCCAACAUGUUGGUUGGUACCCCUCAACUGCUAACACUGGAUGAAGCUGAUACCACAUGGACCCUCAUCAAAGACAAGGUUAUCGAAGAGCGCUUUGGGUCCAAUGUGGUGGCAGUACCUUUCCUAUCGGAUGCAGCUUGCUAUGAUCUACUGGGUGUGCUAGUGAAGCAGUACCGCCCAGGCCACAGCCGCCUGGUUUUGACAGGUCGGCAGGGCCGGCGGACAUUGCAACCAGUGGGACCACUACCAAACCUCCUGGAGCAGGCAGGGUCUGAGGGUGCCUUUGCCCACUGCACACGGGAAUACUCACCAAAAAGUGGAGCAGAGCUAGCCUAUGAAGAAAUGCGACUCUUGGAUGGGCAGCCCUGCCGGAUCCACCUACAUAUGGGUGGCCUGCGCAAGAAGGUGGCCUUUCUGUUGCUGCCACCAGGGCAGGUGAGCCUACAGAAGACUCUGCCCUGGCUCCGAAGCACCCACAGCAUCUAUGUCAUCUACCAGGUCUUCUCCUGUUCCUGGAUGCAGCUGGGGUUACUGCCUACAGGUCAUGAGCCCCAGAUGCUCCGGUUACAACGGUCACUGCCUAUUGCCUUCUCAUGCCUCAAGUUUUCACUGCAGCCCAAGGGAGUGCUGGGACCACAAAAGGCCCUGACCAAAGGCCCACUACUCCAUGGGACCAACUGGGUCAGACCCAACCUCAACAUCAUACCACCUCUGGCAUCCCCAUCAGCCCUUGACAAUAUCACUGAACCUGCUGAUGUGCCCCCACCUGUCCCAGCCCCAUCUACAUCACCUCCCCAGGAAGGGCCAGAGGGCAGACUCACCAGAGUCUCCUACAAGGGUCGAAACCCAUUCCGAAGGGGGCCCCAGAUGCUAUCAGAGAACUGGCUCUUCAGCCCCCGCAGCCCCCCACCAGGAGCCCAGGGUGGGGGUCCCGGGGACCCCGACCGGCACUCCAUGUCCCUGCCCCUGCUUCAGGGUCUGUCCUCGGAGUUCGACAGCGACGACUGAAGUUGCAGAGAAAGAUGCAAGGGGCAAGGCCCCCAAUAUCUGGCAUAAGGAUACUGGUCCCCAAUAAACAUCAGCUGCUGCUCCCCCAAA